AUGAUGAAUUAGUUGACCUCCCACCGUCACCAACUUCCUUCCUUCUUUCCCAAUCCAUCCAUCCAUCUAUCUACGGCCAGCCAGCUUAUCAAAUAUUUGCAAGUCCAUUCUAUUCUUCCCCACAUAGAGGCCAUAGCCCCUCCUCUCCUCAGUCCUCUGUCCUCACUACUCAUCAACUCAAUCACUCCAGAUCUAUCCCUUCCCCCACAACGUGAGCAUGUACGGUCGCGACCCCUGGGGCGGUCCCCUCGAGAUUAAUGCCACCGACUCCGCCACCGACGACGACCGCAGCCACAAUCUCCAGGACUUGGACCGAGCUGCCCUUUCUUCUUCUCGCCCCUUGGAUGAGACCCAACAGAGCUGGCUCCUCGGCCCCACUGAGCAGAAGAAGAAGAAAUAUGUUGACUUGGGGUGCAUCAUUGUCAGCCGCAAGAUCUUCGUCUGGACUGUCGGCACUCUCCUCUUCUCCGCCUUCUUCGCCGGUUUUAUCACCCUCAUCGUCAAGGCCGUUCACCGCCACCACCACAGCCACCAUCCUCCAGACAAUUACACUCUCGCCCUCCACAAGGCCCUCAUGUUCUUCAAUGGUCAGCGAUCCGGCAAGCUGCCCAAACACAACAAUGUGUCCUGGAGGGGUAACUCCGCCCUGCAAGAUGGCAAGUCUGAUUCCUCCUCUUGGAUGAAAGACCUGGUGGGUGGCUAUUAUGAUGCUGGAGAUGCCAUCAAGUUCAACUUCCCUGCAUCUUUUGCUAUGACCAUGUUGAGCUGGAGUGUCAUUGAGUACAGUGCUAAAUACGAAGCUGCUGGGGAGCUCAAUCACAUUAAAGACAUCAUCAAAUGGGGCACUGACUACCUUCUUAAGACCUUCAACAACUCUGCUGAUUCCAUAGACAGCAUUGCCGCCCAGGUUGGGGUUGGAGACACCUCUGGAGGAAGUACAACGCCCAAUGAUCAUUAUUGCUGGAUGCGCCCUGAGGACAUUGAUUACCCUAGGCCUGUCUAUGAAUGUCAUAGCUGCUCAGAUCUUGCUGCAGAAAUGGCUGCUGCUCUGGCGGCUGCUUCCAUUGUUUUCAAGGACAACAAGGCGUACUCCAAGAAACUAGUCCAUGGAGCUAAAACACUUUUUAAGUUUUCAAGGGAUCAACGGGGCAGAUACAGCGCUGGUGGUUCUGACCCUGCACUCUUUUACAACUCCACCAAUUAUUAUGAUGAAUUUGUUUGGGGUGGAGCUUGGUUAUAUUAUGCCACAGGGAACACCAGCUAUCUUCAACUUGCUACUACUCCUGGUAUUGCAAAACAUGCUGGAGCUUUUUGGGGAGGUCCCGACUAUGGUGUUUUUAGCUGGGACAACAAGCUUGCUGGUGCCCAGGUGCUUCUGAGCCGAUUAAGAUUGUUUUUGAGUCCUGGCUAUCCAUAUGAGGAAAUGCUGAGAACAUUCCAUAAUCAAACUAGCAUUAUCAUGUGCUCAUACCUUCCAGUUUUCACAAGUUUUAAUAGAACCAAAGGAGGUUUGAUUCAGUUAAACCAUGGAAGGCCUCAGCCUCUUCAAUAUGUUGUUAAUGCAGCCUUCUUAGCCACCCUUUUCAGCGAUUAUCUUGACGCUGCAGAUACACCAGGAUGGUACUGUGGACCCAAUUUCUAUUCUACUGAUGUCUUGCGUGGAUUUGCCAAAACCCAGAUUGAUUACAUCCUGGGUAAAAAUCCUCGGAAGAUGAGCUACAUCGUGGGUUUUGGUAACAAUUAUCCAAAACACGUGCACCAUAGAGGCGCGUCUAUCCCUAACAAUAAGAUCAAAUAUAACUGUAAAGGAGGAUGGAAAUGGAGGGACACUUCAAAACCAAACCCAAAUACAAUUGUUGGAGCUAUGGUAGCUGGUCCUGAUAAGCAUGAUGGAUUUCAUGAUGUCCGUACUAAUUACAACUACACCGAGCCAACUCUUGCAGGCAAUGCAGGUUUGGUUGCUGCACUCGUGGCAUUGUCUGGUGACAAAUCUUCUGGGAUUGACAAAAAUACAAUUUUCUCUGCGGUUCCACCAAUGUUUCCAACUCCCCCACCACCUCCUGCUCCUUGGAAACCAUAAGAUGAUUUAGCAGUCCUCAUCUGUUUCCACCACAACCAAACAGUUUGUGCAACUUUAGUGCAAUGAUUUGGCUGCAGUAAUAGAUUUUCAAAUCCAAUUGACCUUUAAGAUGAAGAUAGUGUAAAGGUGAGAAAGGGGAGGGGCAUGGAAAAGAGGAAUGGGUUUUGGCCAAAGCUUUUAAGAUGGGUCGACAGUGUUGGAGUGCGGCUAAGAUAUUUGGGAUUUGAUAGCUGAUCUGAAAAUGUGUAAUUGUUUGAAUUCUGUGAUAUAGUGUAUAUGCAAGGUAUCAAACUUGUGUUCUUUGAAAUACACGAUCUUUAAAGAAUGUUCUGAAACUGGUUGUGCCAACAUCUUUGACAAUUGCUUCAACCGGCAAUAGACUCGAUUUUUUUUU